AUGUACCUAAUGUACCAUGAUCUAUUGCAGUACCAAAUCGGACAGUUGUAUUCAGUGGCCGAGGCGUCCAAGAAUGAGACCGGAGGUGGAGAGGGGGUCGAAUACCAAAUCGGACAGUUGUAUUCAGUGGCCGAGGCGUCCAAGAAUGAGACCGGAGGUGGAGAGGGGGUCGAAGUGCUGAAGAACGAGCCCUUCGACAACUACCCCCUAUUGGGCGGCAAAUUCACGAAAGGCCAGUACACCAAAAAGAUAUACCACUUGGCCAGCAAAGUGCCAGCUCUGGUCAAAUUCCUGGCGGGGUUUCCCAGAGAGCUCUAUAAUCCGGAUUAUAUGAAGCAAAACUUCUGCAUCACAAUCGAGACAAUGCAUUCGCCCGAUAGAGGAACUCAAGAGAAUGCACACCAAUUGUCACCCGAGAAGUUAAAGGCCAGAGAAGUGAUGUACUUAGACAUCGCCAACGAUACUGUUCUGACCAAAGAUUACAAAGCGGGUGAAGACCCGACACGUAUGAAGUCGGAGAAGACGGGAAGGGGUCCUCUCACUGACAAGAACUGGCGCGAGACCGUAGAGCCCGUGAUGUGCGCCUAUAAGUUAGUGACCGUUGAAUUCCGAUGGUUUGGAUUCCAGACUAAAGUCGAGUCAUUUAUUCAAAAGACGGAAAGGCGUAUAUUUUUAAAUUUUCACCGACAAGUGUUCUGUUGGAUCGAUCGAUGGCACGGAUUAACGAUGAAUGACAUCAGAAAUAUUGAAGAAGAAACCAAACGAGAGUUGGAUGAGAAUCCGGAUUAUAUGAAGCAAAACUUCUGCAUCACAAUCGAGACAAUGCAUUCACCCGAUAGAGGAACUCAAGAGAAUGCGCACCAAUUGUCACCCGAGAAGUUAAAGGCCAGAGAAGUGAUGUACUUAGACAUCGCCAACGAUACUGUUCUGACCAAAGAUUACAAAGCGGAUGAAGACCCGACACGUAUGAAGUCGGAGAAGACGGGAAGGGGUCCUCUCACUGACAAGAAUUGGCGCGAGACCGUAGAGCCCGUGAUGUGCGCCUAUAAGUUAGUGACCGUUGAAUUCCGAUGGUUUGGAUUUCAGACUAAAGUCGAGUCAUUUAUUCAAAAGACGGAAAGGCGUAUAUUUUUAAAUUUUCACCGACAAGUGUUCUGUUGGAUCGAUCGAUGGCACGGAUUAACGAUGAAUGACAUCAGAAAUAUUGAAGAACAAACCAGACGAGAGUUGGAUGAGCAACGAAAUCAGGGGGCAGUCAGAGGAACGCAAAACGAGGAUUAAUAAUAAGAAAUGGUUUUAAAUUUAAUUAAUAUUAAAUAAUUUAUGUUG